CAGCCCAUAAUCAUUAGCCCCAAACCCAAUAUUCCAGAUCACAAUUCGACACCGUAUACUACCAAACUCCACGAAGCAAUUUUUACGAGCAUCAGCAAGAGACCUCUUCACUGAUCCUAGUCUCUGCAGCUUUCAUUCUCUUGGAAUUGUCUGGCAAGUUUUAGAUAGCAAUGGAGAAGGAACCCAAGGCAGCGACUGAGGAUCCCAAAAUUGAUUUGUUUGAGGACGAUGAUGAGUUUGAAGAGUUCGAAAUCAAUGAAGAGUGGGAUGACAAGGAAGAAGGAAAAGAAACAACACAGCAAUGGGAAGAUGAUUGGGAUGAUGAUGAUGUCAAUGAUGACUUUUCUAUGGAGCUGAAGAAAGAACUUGAGAGCAACACUGAGAAGAGUUCAAAUCAUUUCGAGUGAUAUUUCUGCCUUAUUUUAAGACAGAUGAACCAUGUCUUAGUACUCAAAAACCCUCCUGAUUUGGUGAAAAUUGAUAACUUGAUAGCAGGACUUGAAAAAAGAAGUGUUUAAAAGCGAGCAUGUUGCUUGAAGGUGUAGCUCUAGCAUGUUUUAUAUUUACUGGUUAUGAAGUUUUAUAUUUACUGGUUAUGAAGUUUCGUGUUUGCACGUGCUGCAAUUUCAGAUUU